AUCAUUUCAAAGACUUGUUGUAGCUUUCACUGUCUAAAAAACAAAGUACAAAGCAAGAGAGAUUUUGCUUUAACUUUAUCUGCAAAACACCAUUUCUCCAGAUCUAUCUUACAUUAAUGGAGGUGGUUUUGGAUCAAGAACACGCUGCUCAAUGGACUUACAGAGGCGAAGGCGCCAUGAAUUUAGUCCUUGCUUACUCCGGAUCUUCUCCUGCCUAUAUUGGGAAAGUUUUGCGGAUACAGAAGGUUCCAAGAAACGAAUCGAAUUCUGACAAGAGCCUUACUGCUUUAGGUUUGCAUGAGCGCCUUGUGUGGAAAGAGACAGAGGAUAUUGUGUCCUCACCUACUAGAGAACUCGCCGGUCACAUGUUUUUGGAGCACGUAAUAAGCCCUUUACUGGGUUCAAAAUAUGUAGAUGUUGGGAAGCGUGUUAAGGUUUCAAGGGAAUUUCUUGAGUUGGUUGAGAAAAAUGUAUUGUCUCAGCGUCCUGCUUGGAGAGUUGAUGCUUCCAAAGUUGAUACACGUUGUGAUUCCGUGCUGAUACUAUCUGAUCAUUCUAUUUUUCCAACUGGUAUCCAAGAAGGUGAACCCUGCUUAUGUGUAGAGAUAAAGCCCAAAUGUGGAUUCCUCCCAAUCUCAGAAUUUAUAGGUGAAGAAAACCGCAUUAAACAAAGUGUAUCUCGUUAUAAAAUGCAUCAAGCCCUCAAGUUGCAUGGAAAAGAGAUUUCAUCAUUUAGUGAAUAUGACCCUCUUGAUUUGUUCUCGGGAGUAAUGGACAGAAUACAGAAAUCCAUCAAAGAUCUCUUCUCAUCUCCUCAGAACAAUUUUCGUGUAUUUCUAGACGGUUCUCUAAUAUUCGGGACCUUGGGUGGGAUUGCUGACAGUACAAAUUCUGUCAUUCAAGAAGCAUUUGAAGAUGCACUCAAAGAUGUCAUUGUAGGGGAUCAAGGUCGUCGUACAGACAGUUUUAUACAACUUAUUGCUGAGACAAUUUAUACAUCCGGAGUAAUGGAGAGGCUUAUAAAACUUCAAAAGCUUGAUAAUCUUGACAUAGAAGGGGCAAUUCAUGCAUAUUAUAAUAUUAUAUCUGAGCCUUGCAAAGUAUGUAGAGAAUUGGGGGAAGAGAAAGUUCGAGACAAGUAUACGACCUUGCAUUCGAUUUCCUUAGAUGAAAGCUUGAAGAUAGUAAAAAACUUUUUGAUAGGCACAACAGCAAAGGACUGCAGUUUGAUGAUGAGUUUUAAACUGAAGAAAGAAGGUGACACAGAAUCAACAUAUGACAGUGUGUACCUGAAAUCAACCUCUCAAACUUUUGAUUAUAAGGCAUGUUUCAUUGAUCUGGAUUUGAAACCUUUUGAAAAUAUGCAAGAAUAUUAUGAAAAGGACAAGAAAAUCGUAAGCUGCUACACGCAGAUGGUGAAAUCAGAACAAGAGGUGGAAAAAAAUUAAGGGUUGGGAGGUUUAUGGAAAUGUAAUCCGAGGUUUAAUACAAUGGCAGGAAUUAUAUUGGUGAAGAGCUUAAUGGUGAGUGCCAAUUUGCUUGGUAAGGCAACUCUUCCUAUGCAUUGUUGUUGUAAAUGGUGUAAAAUUAUGAGACUUGGAAGGAACUAUAAUGUUGUUUUUUUUCCUUUUGAAAUGGAUUCUGUUAUCUGGUUUGUUCCCCCAUUUUUCAGGGGUUGAUGUAAAUGUUUAAACUAUUGUCUAGUUAUGAGCCUUGUAUUAUUUAUAUAUAAGCUAAGGAAAAAAGAGGUGAAUUGGCAAGUUUGUAUGAGUUUUUCAUAUCAUUUUUUUAUUUCUAAAUUAUUUAUUAUUUUGUGGUAA